AUGGGGUACAGUUUAAAAACAAAUAUAAAGUAUGUUUCAUUAUUUACUGUUUUGGAUUAUCUUUGUAUCAUAGGUAAAUGGCUUUACUGGUCUGCAUUUUAUGAAAAGAUUAUGGUAAGCUUUGAGUUUAGCUAGCAUACUUAAAUCAUUUUUCUCUUGGAUUCUUUUUUUCCUCAUUUCCUGAAUAAUGUAGUAACUGCCAACAGACCAGAGUUUCUGAUGGAGGUAUGCCAUUGUAGUUACUGGGUUCCAAAUUCUGGAGGUCAGGGAGCAGUAAUGUGGUCAGGAAGCUGGAGAGUGAGAUUUCAGGAAGCUGCAGAGCCUUGGCCCGAAAAUGCUACCUUAUAUCAGCAACUGAAAGGGGAGCAAAUUUUGCUUUCUGACAAUGCAGCUUCUCUUGCUGUGCAGGCCUUUUUGCAAAUGUGUAACCUGCCUGUCAAAGUGGUUUGUAGGGCAAAUGCAGAAUAUAUGUCUCCAUCUGGUAAAGUACCUUUUAUUCAUGUAGGAAAUCAAGUAGUAUCAGAACUUGGUCCAAUAGUCCAAUUCGUUAAAGCAAAGGGCCAUUCUCUUAGUGAUGGGCUGGAUGAAGUCCAAAAAGCAGAAAUGAAAGCCUACAUGGAAUUAGUCAACAAUAUGCUGUUGACUGCAGAGUUGUAUCUUCAGUGGUGUGAUGAAGCUACAGUAGGGGAGAUCACUCAUGCUAGAUAUGGAUCUCCUUACCCUUGGCCCCUGAAUCAUAUUUUGGCCUACCAGAAACAGUGGGAAGUCAAACGUAAGAUGAAAGCUAUUGGAUGGGGUAACAAGACUCUGGACCAGGUCUUAGAAGAUGUAGACCAGUGCUGUCAAGCACUUUCUCAAAGACUGGGAACACAACCAUAUUUCUUCAAUAAGCAGCCUACUGAACUAGAUGCACUGGUAUUUGGCCAUCUGUAUACCAUUCUAACCACACAGUUGACCAAUGAUGAACUUUGCGAGAAGGUAAAAAACUAUAGCAACCUCCUUGCUUUCUGUAGAAGAAUUGAACAGCACUAUUUUGAAGACCAUGGUAAAGGCAGCUCAUCUAUCAGAUCAUCUUAGAGAUAUGUCUUAAUUUAGUGAUGGAAAAAAAAUUAACUUGAAAUAUGUGAAAGACCUAGUAAAUGAUACCAGAAUUUUAAAACCAAAAAUACUGCUUUUUGAAACCUCAGAGUAAAUUAUAUAAUGUAUCCUAUACAUGUACUUUAUACUGUUAAUUAAAGCAAUUCUGAAUGAUUUCAUUUGCUAUGUUGUACUCUAUAUCUUGAAAUUUUUGUUUUCCUUGAAACGUAUGCCUAUAAAAAUAAAGCUCAAAGAACUGUA